GCUUGUUCAGUUUAGCCGACCCUUGUUGCCCCCGCCCCCCUUUCUUGCCCUCAUCGGACGAGCGCAACCUUGCAGCGGCGCUGUGCAAAGCACUUUAUAUAUGUUUGUUUAACAAAAUAGUACAAAGGCACAUAGGUAUUUCGCACAGCACAAAGAUGCGCCGUUGUGUGGGCAGGUCAAACGCCGUCCGUCGCACAUUUGCAACGCCACUCGUUGCGGCGGCCAUCUCCUUCAUGUCGGAGCGCUCCGGCAGCAUCGCGACGGCCCAUCGCACACAAACCACUGCGGCUGCACCGUACACAGUAGCAGCGCUGCGCGGUGCACGCAUGAAGACGUGCCGGUGCAUGAGUCCCUGCCCAUGUUUCGCACCGCUGCGUCGCCUUGCUUCCGCGGCUGCGACGACUCCUUCCUCGGCGUCUGCUUUCAAGACGGCGCCCCCCUCCACGGCACAGUCCUCCACUACCACCGAUGUACCAAAUAUUUGCCUGCUGUGUGACACACCAUUUUCGUCGUGGCAGGAUCACCGCCUUGAGCACGGGCACGUAGCGCGCACCGCCAUUUGCAAUUACUUUGUGAUGCCGGAGAGUAGUGAGAGUUUGAUGCAGCACCUGGAGCGGCACAUCGCGUUGGACUUCAAGGAGGUGGAUGCCCUUACGAUGAAGAAGGUGGAGCGGCGACACCGCCGCCUCCUCGCCGGACUGCUUCAUUUGGUGGAGGAAAACGUUCUGAAGGACUCGCUGCCCUGUGUCUCGCCAUCUGACGAGGCGCAGCGCACGGCAGGCAACAAUCACAGCGGUGAGGCCGCGAUCGGUGUGCUGCAGGUGAACGCUGACCGCUUUCUCACGCGACUUCUGCUGGGGGAGAGUUACAUGCGACGGGAGGUGAUUGACCGCACGGCGCGUCUAGCGCCAGUUCUCACUGAUGUUGAGCUGAACGCGGUGGCCGCGUUUCUCAUGUCCACCCGACAGCUGGCGCGCCUCUUUGAUGAGUUGUCUCUGCAGAAUCUGGUGCGUGCGCACGCGGAGCAGGUGAUGACUGCCGCCCUGCAGGAUCCGCGACAGCUGGAAGGGGAGAGCGAGGCGAACGCUCGCGAGGUGGGGAGUGGCACGGGUGCCAUUGGCCACAACGAUGAUGACGCCAACAGCAGCUCCUCUGCGAGCGACAAGUGUGGAGAGAACAGCGACGCUUUAGCGAAGGAAGUGUGCGAAAGCUCCUCGGAAGCGACGCCGUCCACACCGCACCCCAAGAAAGAGUCGACACCUGCGUCAAGCGAGGCUGUUGCUUCCGGGAGUUGUGAAGCAACGUGCAACACAGCAACGCCCGCCGUUUCGUGGAAGCUAUCGCGUGACGACAAAGCCUCCGUCCUGCUUGCGUGCAUCGGUGAGUUGGAGCACUUCCAUCGACAGGAUCGCCCACGCUCCGUUCUCUCAAAGCUGGCCGCCGAUGCGCUGGUGCUGAACGUCAUCGCGACUCACGCACGCGACAACUUAAUAUCGGAACUCAUUCACGAGGCACUGCAGCGUAUUGUGGAGGAGGGAACGCCUGUCUGGCGUCAGCAUCAGAAGCAGGUGCAGCAGCGUAUCGGCACAGAUGGCGUGAGCGGCGAGGCUGCGGCGAACGCGUGUGAGUUCGUACCUCGACGUGGGGGGAAACACAGGAAAGGGUCGCACCACCAGCGUGCGAGCGACCCCAACGCAUUCACGCUCGAGUACGUGCGCAACACACCCCUUUCGGCUACUUCUCACCCUGUCGAUGAUACGUCGCCCUCAACUUCACCGCUGUCGCUGGACAGUGCAGCUGCAGAGCAGCUGAUUUCCUCCUACAUUACGUUCCAAGACGUGGACGGCGACAUCAAUGGUAGCAACGGGAGUAGAAGGAGCAGCAGCAGCAGCACCGCAACCACCACGGCUGAUGCGAAUGGAGAUGCGAAUGCACUUGGGGAGCCGGUGUACAUGUCCGCCGCUCACUUUGCGGCGAAGCACUGGGAGCCGAUGGAGGCAGAAUUGCAGGGCCGCGUGCAGCUCUUUCGGCGCCUACCGCUGUGCGGCCCCUAUCCUUCCAUGCGCCCCUUUCAUGAUGAGGCGCAGCAACCCCCAAAGGAAUGA